ACGUCAACCUAAUCUCACUACCCAAACUGAGAAUGCAAUCCAUCACCUGUUGCAUUCGGAGGUACUCCUGGUGAGUUUUGUCCUUGAGUUGUUUUAGACAGUCAGUGAUUUCAUUGAAUAGUUUGGGGCCCGUUUCUUGUAUGCACAUCAUGCGCCUCAGCGUCCCCCUGGCCAAAGCCCUGCUGCUCAGCUGCCUCUGCGCGGUGCCGCUGCGGGGCCAGAAGCCGGGGCAGGUCGACCCCUUCUCCGCCUACCGGGCCGAGCCGCAGUGCUGGGACUCGUCCUCCGCCCGCCUGCUCAAGAUGCGCUCCCCGGGGAUCGCGGACACCGUGCCUGCCUUCUGGGACCUGAUGGUGUUCCUCAAGGCGUCGGACAACAGGAAGCACUCCGCCCUCUUCUGGGACCUGGCGCAGGUCUUUUGGGACAUUUACGUGGAGUGCGUCCUGGCCAGGAGCCAUGGACUGGGCCGGCGGGGGCUGAAGUUGCCCAAGGACCGCAUCACCUCCGUGCACUCCCUCGUUACGGACCAGUCCUUCCGGGUAAACAAAUCGCAGUCAAACUUCUCCAGGUUGAAGAGAUCAUCUUACGCGUGGCUCAGCAUCACAGUUCGGCACGUGGGAGCGGGGGUCAAAGGUCACAGCAGGACUCCGAAAAUAACAGGUUUAUCGAAGACCUAAGCGGUAGCGGGCCGACUUGUGUAUGGCAUCGUAUCACUGUGAUUUAUCCCAAUGAUUUAUUUCUCGUCGACAAUAAUAAAUAAUUGACAUACAAUGAAGAUGAU